AUGGUUGGCAUACCGAAGGAAAUACUAGGCUGGAUACAAAGACAAUAUGCCCAGCGCAAAACCCAACUCUCUUUCGACGACUACAUCUCCCUGCCCUUCAGUGUUCCAGGAGGCGAGGACCAAGGAGAUCCUUUUGCAGCGGUUGGAUACAUCCUCUAUGCGGCUGGUCUACUUCGACUUGUUCAAGCAGAGAGUAGAGAACAAGGUUUUGGUUUCAUGGAUGAUGUCGCAGGAAUGAAAUGGGCGAAGGGAGUGGAUGAACUUCAUGCGGAAAUAGGUGAUAUGAUGAGCAGAGAAGGCAGGGUUCUAGACUGGGCAACAGCACACAACUGCCAUUUUGGCGUCACAAAGUUUAAAUUGGUUGAC